UGAUCAUGCUAUUAUCUAUCAUUUAAAGAUCUAUUAUAUAAUUUCCUUUCUGCAAAAAAUUAACCUAUAUAGUUUUGAUCAGAUUUUGAUUUUUGAUAACAAAAUGGAUAAUUAUACUUUGUGAUUAUACUCAUUUAACUAUGAAUAAGAAUAAGUUCUUAAAUCAGAUAUCAUAUUAUCUUUCUUAGGAAGAUAAUUUAUUUAAUUUCUAAUUUUAUUGUAAGCUUGUAUUGAAAUAAACCUCUUUUUGUUAAGUUUUUACGUGUGAUGUAUUCUUGAUCUGCGAGCUGAUGGCAGUACAAUUGGGAAAAAGAUUUAAAACAAUUAUUUUGCCAAAAGUGAGCCAUAUGUUUAACAAGUUAUUUAGCGAUAAAUAUUUACUUUACACAAAUGUGGGUAUAUCGCUUUGUUUGUCAGGUGUAGGAGAUAUACUUGAACAAAACUAUGAAAUCUUCACAGAACAAAUACCUAAUUGGAACAAAGAGAGAACGAGAGAUAUGACCCUUUCUGGCACAACUGUGGGAGUUGUUUGUCAUUAUUGGUAUAAGUUUCUAGAUCGAUCAUUGCCAGGAUAUACAAUAAGAAUAGUAUUGAAAAAGAUUGUUAUAGAUCAGUUUGUUGGUUCACCACUUUGUAUAUCCACAUUCUUUGGUACAAUAGCAUUGUUGGAGGGCUCCACUAAGGAAGAGUUUGUCCAAGAAGUUAAAGAUAAAGCUUGGAGACUAUACGCUGCAGAAUGGAUGAUUUGGCCUCCAUGUCAGUUCUUAAAUUUUUAUGUUUUGUCAACAAAGUACAGAGUAUUGUUUGACAAUCUUGUAUCAUUAGGUUACGAUGUGUACACUUCUCAUGUGAAACAUGUACCAGUAUGUACAGAGACUAAAGCCAAAGAAUUAUAGAACAGUUCAUAGAUACAUUAUGUUAAAAUUUCAGGAUCAUACUGUGAUACUUAAAACAGUUAUAUUUGUUUUUAUUAUAUUAAGCAUGAUCAUUGCUUACAUUGUAUUAUAAUUGUAAAAACAAAUUACCUUUUCACAUUAAAACAUUUUACACCUGC